GAGGGAGGCGGGGCUCCAGCAUUUCCGCCUUUAGCAACUUAGUAGCCGCCUGGCCGGGAGGAAGACGGACGGGAGGGAGGCGGAGCUCCGUUGGCCCCCCGAAGCCCGGAGGAUGCGGCUGCGGGCCGCCUGGAGCAGCGCCUGCCUGGUGCGGGUGGCGCACCCGGCGCUCAGCUGGGGCAUCACCCUGGGGCUCUUCCUGCACUCCACAGACCUGCGGAGGCAGGCGGAGCGAGGAGACCUGCUGCGGCCUCUGCUGUUUCUCUCGCUUGUUCUCUGCUCUGUCUUGCUCUACUUUGCUGUCUCUCUCAUGGACCCCGGCUACGUCGAGCAGGAUGGGGACCCGAAGGAAACUGUAAGCGAAGAAGAGAAAGCGAUGAUAUCCCAGCAAGCUUCAACCAUCCGGCUCAGGCGCUGUGGAUACUGCCUGCUGAAGCAGCCAAUGAGGGCCCGGCACUGCCAGGCAUGCCGGCACUGCGUCCGCCGCUACGACCACCACUGUCCCUGGAUCGAGAACUGCGUUGGAGAGAGAAAUCACUCCGUCUUCAUUGUCUAUUUGGCCAUUCAGCUCGUGGUUCUUCUGUGGGCUCUGCUGGUGGCUUGGUCCGGCCUCCAUUUUGAGCAGCCCUCGUGGGCCUGGCUUCAUCGCAACCUCCUCCUGCUCCUCUCGUUCCUGGUGGUUGCCGUUUUUGCCGUGGUGGUGCUUCUUCUCCUGGCCUGUCACCUCUACCUGGCCUCCUGCAACACCACCACCUGGGAGUUCAUGUCCAGUCACCGCAUCUCCUACCUGAGAGAGUGCGAGGCGGAGAACCCCUUUGACCAAGGAGUCUUCCUGAACCUCUGGAGAUUCUUCUGCGCCAGCCGCCUCGUCACGUGGGAAAACCUGUAUGCCGAGGGAGAAGGCAGUGCCAUGUGAUGGCAGGCUGGGACGUUCAGCCGGCAGUGGUGCCCAGCCAAGGAGAGGGCUGUUCACUGGAUGGAAACAGAUUGUUGCCGUUUUGCACUAACGGCUACAGAAUUGAGAGGGGAGGCACGUUUUUGCCAGUAGCCAUCCUGCUUGUUUCAGCAACUGGAAAAGAGACCACUCCCACCCACCGACCCCAAUAAGCCAACGUUUUAUCAAGGAACAGCCAAGAUCCAAGAAGCUGUUUUGAGGCAAACUCUUUGGGAAUGUUAACGCGGAGGCCCACCAUUAGCAGUUCAACCUGGUUUUUUUAAAGCCUGCUGUUCAGCUCGGAAUGGGAGACACACUGGAGGGCGAGCAUCCAGUUUAAUUGGGGAGAAUUCUGAGGCAAUGGUACACGCAUAGGUGGAAGCCGCCCUUUGAAGACCACAAGUCUAAAAAAGUCUCAUUGGGGUGCCGGUGGAGAAUUUGUUACAGGGGGAAGGCCUGCCCUCUGUCAACGCUGGAUUUUCUUCUUUUUAACAAAGAGCUGUGUUAGAAUUACUCCUUGGGCUUUUCAUGCUGUGCCUUAAAGCAGCAGAUCUCAAGGACUAAAGCUUUAGUUAAAAAUAAUACAAAGUUCACAUGCUAAAGCCUUCUUCAGAUCCUUCUGUGAGCCUCACCCCAGUAGAGGAGUUGACAAUGGUCCUCUACUCUUUCGGUGGGAGGACCAUCCCCAGAGGAUUCAAGAGAGCUGUUUCGGUGUUCUAUUUCUGUAGUCUAGAAAGUCUUAAAUUAUUAAAAGUGUUCAAACUUG